AUGAUUUUCAAACCCGCUUUCCGGCGCUCGCUACACAUCGUCUAUUCCUCAACACCAUCAGCCCCGGUAUCGAUACCAAACACCUCCACUAUGGCCUCAGGCCCCGUCCUUGAAGGCGUCUUCGCUGUCAACAAGCCACCCGCCAUAAGCUCCGCUCAAGUCAUUCGCGAUGUGCAAAACCACUUCAACCCAUCGAAACUUUUCCAGCCUUGGCUCCAACGCGAACAGUCCAAACGCGAUGCCGAAAAGCACAACCAGAAGAACAAGCGCAAGUGGCGCGGCAGGCGUGAGACAUCCGUCAAGAUGGGCCAUGGAGGCACACUAGACCCAAUGGCUACUGGUGUGCUCAUUCUGGGUGUUGGCAGCGGAACGAAGGAUCUCGGUCACUUUUCAACGGAAUGCACCAAGAGCUACGAAGCAGUGGUGUUGUUCGGCGCGGCCACCGAUACGUACGACACCGAGGGCAAAGUUGUUGGGAGGAAGCCGUACGAGCACAUUACCAAAGACAUGGUUGAGGAAGCAUUGGUCAAGUUUCGGGGCAAAGGCAUGCAGAGGCCGCCUAUUUUUUCAGCGUUGAGGGUACAAGGAAAGAGACUGUAUGAGUAUGCCAGAGAGGGCAAGGAAGUUCCGGUAGAAAUCAAGGAGAGACCCGUUGAGGUGUCGGAGCUCGAGGUGGUAGAGUGGAUGGAAGGAGGUACGCAUAAGUGGCAUUGGCCAGAGCGGGAAGCAGAUACUGAGGAGAAGAAGUUCGCCGAGAAGGCUUUGAAGUUGGAGGGACAAGAUGAGUUGAAGGUGAAGGACGAAGUGAAGGCUGAGGACGAUGUUGCCACUGCUGGCGCCGCCAAGCGAAAGCGAGAAGCAGACGCCACAGGCCAUCCAGAAACCGGGCUCGUGGAGCCUGAACAGAAGAGGUCAAAGGAGGAAGACCCGACAACCGAACCACCAGCGAAGAUCGAGGAAGUACAAAAUGCCAAAGACGAUGGCAAAGAAGCACAGCCAGAGUCCGCCGACACAACGACACCAGCCGCAACCGAACGACCGCCAUGCCCAGCACCCGCUUGUCGCAUACGCAUGACUGUAACCUCCGGUUUCUACGUUCGCUCACUCUGUCAAGAUCUCGGAGCGGCCGUUGGCUCACUGGGCAUGAUGACCGACCUCGUACGAACGCGCCAAUCCAACUUCGAGCUCGGCACAAAUGUACUCUGGUACGACGAGCUGAAGCAGGGCGAAGACGUGUGGGGACCAAAGGUGAAGAAGUUGCUCGAAGAGUGGCAGGAGCACAAGGCAGCAAAGUAG